AUGACACGAGGUGGCGUGGGCAUUUCCGCCUCUGGGAUCGCCAUUUUUACUGAUAUGUUGUGGAAGAAGAACUUGAGGGAGGACGAGGCCAUGCAGCGAGGGACUGGGAGCAUCCAGCGAGAAGAAGCAGCGAGCGAGAAGAGGGGUAGAAGCAGCGAGGGAGGGAGGGAAGGGAGGGAGGAGGAUGUUACAAAGGAAGAGGGAGCGCUGAGAGAGGGGAAGCAGCUGGACAGGAGAGGAGAAGGAACAGCGAGACAGGGAGUUGACAGUGAGGCAGGAGGGAUCAGCAGUAGAGAAGGGGGAGGAUCAGCAGUGGAGAAGGGUGCAGUGAGGGAGGGAUCAGCAGUGGAGAAGGGUGCAGUGGGAGGGAGGGAUCAGCAGUGGGAGAAAGGUGCAGUGAGGGAGGGAUCAGCAGGGAGAAGGGUGCAGUGGAGGGAAGGAUCAGCAGUGGAGAAGAGUGCACCGAGGGAGGGGAUCAGCAGUGGAGAAGGGUGCAGUGAGGGAGGGAUCUGCAGAUCAGCAGUGAGGGAGGCAAGCAGUGGAGAAGGUGCACUGGAGGGAGGGAUCAGCAGUGAGAAGGGUGCAGUGAGGGAGGAGGGAUGGAGAAGGGUGCAGUCAGGGAGAAGGGUGCACCGAGGGGAAGGAUCAGCAGUGAGAGAGGGUGCAGUGAGGGAAGCAUCAGCAGUGGAGAAGGGGUGCAGUGAGGGAGGAUCAGCAGUGGAGAGGGGAGGGAUCAGCAGUGGAGGCACGCCUGAGGGAGUGGAUCAGCAGUGGAGAAGGGUGCAGUGA